UUUGGAUCUUUAAAACCCUAAUUUACAGAGGUUGAUGUUACAGCAAUACGUUUAUUCAUUUUAGUUCUGUUCACUACACUGUUUGCUUCUUCUGGCACACCAAGUCAGUGCCUUUUACAGCAGAGAUCAUUGUGAAAUCGUAGGUUGGGAGGAUGACCGCUCGAGUGCACUGCUCGAUGAUUGCUGUUGCAUUGUGUCUGUUCAGAUACUUGAGCAUAACAGACGCUACUCUAGUGAGGCCAGGUCAAUGUCCCGACCCGAAGAAUAUUCCAAAGUUUGCCGCAAGCUGUGUCCAUGAUGGCCAGUGCCCUGCCACACAGAAGUGUUGCCCAACCACCCGUGGCCACGGAUGCAGUGAACCAAUCGGCCAGGGCCAAGGAAUGGGCCAAGGAAAGGGCCAGGGCCAAGGAAUGGGCCAAGGAAAGGGCCAGGGCCACGGAAUGGGUCAGGGUCAAGGCCAGGGCCAAGGAAUGGGUCAGGGUCAAGGCCAGGGCCAAGGAAUGGGUCAGGGUCAAGGCCAGGGCCAAGGAAUGGGCCAGGGUCAAGGCCAGGGCCAAGGAAUGGGCCAGGGUCAAGGCCAGGGCCAAGGAAUGGGCCAGGGCCAGGGCCAAGGAAUGGGCCAGGGCCAAGGAAUGGGCCAGGGCCAAGGAAUGGGCCAGGGCCAAGGAAUGGGCCAGGGCCAAGGAAUGGGCCAGGGCCAAGGAAUGGGCCAGGGCCAGGGCCAAGGAAUGGGCCAGGGCCAGGGCCAAGGAAUGGGUCAGGGCCAAGGAAUGGGCCAGGGCCAGGGCCAAGGAAUGGGCCAGGGCCAGGGCCAGGGCCAAGGAAUGGGUCAGGGCCAGGGUCAGGGCCAAGGAAUGGGUCAGGGCCAGGGUCAGGGCCAAGGAAUGGGUCAGGGCCAGGGUCAGGGCCAGGGCCAAGGAAUGGGUCAGGGCCAGGGUCAGGGCCAAGGAAUGGGUCCGGGCCAGGGUCAGGGCCAGGGCCAAGGAAUGGGUCAGGGCCAAGGAAUGGGUCAGGGCCAGGGCCAAGGAAUGGGUCAGGGCCAGGGCCAGGGCCAAGGAAUGGGUCAGGGCCAGGGCCAAGGAAUGGGAAUGGGUCAGGGUCAGGGCCAGGGCCAGGGAAUGGGUCAGGGCCAGGGCCAGGGAAUGGGUCAGGGCCAGGGCCAGGGAAUGGGUCAGGGCCAGGGCCAGGGAAUGGGUCAGGGCCAGGGCCAGGGAAUGGGUCAGGGCCAGGGCCAGGGAAUGGGUCAGGGUCAGGGCCAGGGAAUGGGUCAGGGCCAGGGAAUGGGCCAGGGCCAGGGCCAAGGAAUGGGUCAGGGUCAGGGCCAGGGCCAGGGCCAAGGAAUGGGUCAGGGUCAGGGCCAGGGCCAGGGCCAGGGGUUGGGCCAAGGAAAGGGCCAGGGCCAGGGGAUGGGCCAAGGAAAGGGCCAGGGCCAGGGGAUGGGCCAAGGAAAGGGCCAGGGCCAGGGGAUGGGCCAAGGGAAGGGCCAGGGGAUGGGCCAAGGAAAGGGCCAGGGCCAGGGCCAGGGGAUGGGCCAAGGAAAGGGAAAGGGCCAGGGGAUGGGCCAGGGAAAGGGAAAGGGCCAGGGCCAGGGCCAGGGCCAGGGGAUGGGCCAAGGAAAGGGAAAGGGCCAGGGGAUGGGCCAAGGAAAGGGCCAGGGUCAGGGGAUGGGCCAAGGAAAGGGCCAGGGAAAGGGCCAGGGAAUGGGCCAGUGCCCAGGAUUGGGCAAGGCCAGCGGUCAGGUUCACAGCCUUUGAUGUGGUCAGGAAAUUGUGGAAUUUGGAGGUCUUUUCAAUUCAGUGCUUUAUUCAUAUGGUCUCCCUUCUUGCUACGAUCGUUUCGAAAGAUUCUUUCCUUCCCUCAAACAAAAAUAAAAUUGCUUGAUUGA